AUGUACUCUCAACCAGGAAUGUAUACUAUGUCUCCACAAAUGAUAGCAGCUGUAGGUGUUGGCUGCAAUGUUACUUCAUCAUCCAAAUAUGAUGAUAAUCACUCUGUGGAAGGUAUUGUCCUUAAUCAAGUUAGAACAGGAGGACUUGCUUCUUCCUGGUGCGCAAAAGAAAAUAAUGUAAAUCAAUGGGUUAAGAUUUAUUUUGGUGGUAACGAUUUCUAUGUCCAUAAGAUUUCUAUCCAAGGUCGUCAUGAAUUCCAACAAUGGGUUACAAAGUUCGGAUUGGAGUACACUGUUGAUGGUAUUAGAUGGGAGAAAGUGCAUGAUGGAAAUCCAGCAGCUUAUCACAUUUUUGCUGGAAACAACGACUGCACCACCGUUGUUGAGCAAAACAUCUACCCUGUCGUGGCUAAGGCUGUUAAAAUUGUUCCUUUAGAAUGGCACGGACAUAUCAGUAUGAGAUGUGAAGUUUUUAUUACAAAGCACUAA